UCUAUAUAUAGCCUCUAUAAAUACAAGGCCAACUUCACUUCUACAUAAUUUGCCCCAACUUUGCAUCACAAUAUCUCAACUAACUUCAACAUCAUGGAAGAACCCAUUGAGCAUAGAACAAUUAGAGUGAAUGGAAUCAACAUGCAUAUUGCUGAAAAAGGUGAAGGCCCAACAAUCCUUUUUUUGCAUGGUUUUCCUGAGUUGUGGUACACAUGGCGUCACCAAAUCCACGCCUUAGCAGCCCAGGGCUACCACUGCGUAGCCCCAGACCUACGUGGAUAUGGUGACACUGACGCACCACCCUCUGAAACGAGUUAUACUUGCUUCCAUGUUGUUGGUGACUUGGUUGCACUUAUUGACUCGUUGGGUGGUGAGCCAGUGUACCUUGUGGCUCAUGAUUGGGGAGCCAUGAUUGGAUGGUACUUGUGUAUGUUUAGGCCGGAAAAAGUGAAGGCAUACGCAUGCAUGUCGGUUCCUUACCGGCCUAGAAUUCCAAAAAUGAAACCUGUUGAAACUAUGAGAACUUUUUUUGGUGAAGAUUAUUACAUGUGCAGAUUUCAGGAAGUUGGAGUUAUGGAAGCUGAAUUUAAAAGUUGUGAAACAGCUGAAGUGCUUAAGAAAAUUCUAACUGAUAGGACUCCAGGACCCCCUUGUUUGCCUAAAUCCGACCCGUUUGGGCUAAAAGCUCUGAAUGGACCAAUACCGUUACCAAGUUGGUUAUCCGAAGAGGAUAUCAAGUAUAACGUUGACAAGUUUGACCAAACGGGAUUCACUGGCGGGCUGAACUAUUAUCGUGCUUUGGAUUUGAAUUGGGAGCUCACGGCAGCAUGGACCGGAGCCCAGGUGAACUUACCCGUGAUCUACGUAGUAGGGAACGAGGACAUGGUAUACACAACACCGGGCUUAAAAGAGUAUGUGCACGGUGGCGGUUUUAAGAAAGAUGUGCCAUUGCUUGAUAAAAUUGUGGUUUUGGAAGGUGUUGGUCACUUUCUUAACCAGGAGAAGCCUGAAGAAGCAACUGCUAUCAUUCAUGAUUUCAUCAAGAAGUAUUAAUCACCAACCAACAACUUAUGAAGUUCCAUAACUAUGGUUGGGAAUGAAGUCAAUGGUUCUGUAACUUUGUUAAAUCUGUAAACUUAAUUAAUUAGCUAGAAGUAUUAGUAAUUUCAUAGAACAUUAAUGUUCCUAUGAUCAACUAUCUUGAGGAUGAUAUUUAUGUCAUAUAUUUCAUUUUCCA